AUGUCUUCGAGCGCGAGUGCUUCUUCUUCAAAGAGUAAGAAAAGAGUUGGACCUGAUAAUGACUUCAAAGUUGGGAAACAACUCAAAGUACUCAUAGUUGAUGAUGAUGAUAUGUCUCAAACAACGUACAUAUUAUUUCUUCAGAAGUGUGGAGUGGAAACUUUGGGAGUGAGAAAUGGAAACGUAGCAGUUACUAUUCAUGAUAUUACACAAAUGCGUUUCGAUUUAAUCUUAAUGAAUUCUGUACUGCCGCUUAUGGAUGGUAUCCAGGCAACAAAAAAGCUUCGAGAAAUGGGAAUUACAACUAUGAUUGUUGGAAUGACUAAUGUGAAUGACAAGGAAGAAGUUCGCAAGGAAUUUAUGGAAGCUGGUCUUGAUGAUUGCUACGAGAAGCCAUUAACCCCUGAAAUAUUACGCAGCCUUCUUGAGAAACUUUCCAACAAAGCUUAAGAUCAAGUCAAAGAUCUCUCCUCAGACUAAAAUUAUGUGUUAUUCUUUAGUUAAUUAUCGUAUUAUGAGUUAUAAGUAGUGAUGAAGUGCUUUCGAAACGGUAUGUAUCAAAGAUUUAUGAUGCUAUAUCCUUAUUGCUAUGAACUAUAAUAUUUUAC